CCCACCCGUAGAACAAAAAGAAAAAAAGAAAAGGGGAAAAAUCGCAUCAAACCCUCUUCCGCAUCCUUCUCCUCGGUGGCUUCCGGUUCGUAAGGGGAUCUCCGGCGGCGGCGGCGGCGAUGGCCCGAAAGAGGAAGACGGACGCCGCACCGCGGUUGGACGAGGCCGACCGCACGCUCUACUCCAGCUUCUGUGGCGCCGCCAAUUCCCUCUCCCAGCUAUACUCCCAGGCCAUGGCCCAGCAGAAGCUCUCCUUCCAGGCUGGCGAGCGGCACGCCCUCGAAAAGCUCCACCAAUGGAUCUUGAGGAAGCAUGAUGAGGAGUCGAGGCUUACUGUUGCAGACAUAAUGUCACAUAUCCAGCAUGAGAUUGACUAUGGAGGUACUGAUGCACAUGUAUCCCCAAGGGUACAUCAGCAUCCCAUGAGUGUGAAUCCGUUUACAAUUAUCCAACCCUCAGCUGGGUCAUACGCACAAGCAACAUCCGGGCAUGCUCCCAGACCCAGCCUCAGUGACCAGUCAAAGAAUACAAUAUUCUCAAAUGCAUUAUCAAGCCCAGUCCGCAGGAGCCUCCAGACGUAUCACUUAACCCAAGGUGCUGGUAAUGGAGGACGGAACACUGAAGCAAACUCAGCCGGGCAAAACCGAGAGGCCAACUCUGCAAGCUCCAAUGAUACCUCCAUGGACAUGGUUUCAGACAGCGCGGGAAAUGGGUACUACUAAGUCAGUUUCUGGAAACAUGUUGCAUGCACAACCAGGAAGCAUUGAGUGCCAGUAUUUUCUCUGGUUUUUGUAUGUUAUGUAUUUUUCCUAAAAAGCUCAUGCACUGUGUGGCUUUAUAGUUGCACACCUGGCGAUUCACUUAAAGUUAUUGGAUUUGUUUUCUUUUGUUCAAGCCUGUUUGGAGAGAAAUCUAUAUGUAUGCCUGGUUCAUGUCUUAUAUCCCAACAAUCUUUUUGGGGCUUUGCCAUGAAGAUUCUGAAUGUAAAUGAAAAUUGCUAUGAUAUAGCAAAGAGUUUAUGUGCUUAAUACAAUGAGAGGGUUAAAUUAUGAUGUA